AUGAUACUCUGCGUCUACGCACUCCUAUACGCGAAAUUCAAAUACCAUGACAAUCGGCCAGUACAUGGCAAAGAAAGUGACCCGAGUUUAGUUAUCCUUGUUGGUGAUUCAAAGGCAUCAUUUUAUGGCGCUUUCCAAGCUCCCUCUGAUGGUCAUUUCCCUGCAGCUGAUGCAAAUUCCGACAUAUUUUCGACCGAAGAAAUCGAUGGUUCUGAGACGACCAAAAUCGUAGCUUACUGCUCACCUACAUUAUCUUCUAUGGAAAUAAUUGGAUCGCUUGUGCGAGAUCUUCCUCGGGUAUCGAGGACACAAAAUAUCAUAUCUGAUCUUACACCUCAAUCCGAACAGGAAUGUUGGAAUAUGAUAAAAAAAGAUUGGUAUAAUUCACUCGAUGCUGCAUCUUCAUCAGGAGCAAGAGAGCUUGUACAAAAUAUCAAAUGUUCAAGUCGUGAUAUCAUCAGUUUAGCUCAUCGUGGCCUAUUAUCUGUAACUGGGAUGUACAGCACAUGGGCUCCAAAGACUCGAAGUGAAGUUCCAAAAGUAAAUAUUAAACAAACAUUGUUUCUGAAGGAAUUAGUGCUACCGAAUCACAUAAUUGCCGUGUGGAAUGAAAAUAAUAUAUCGAGGGCGCUUGUCUGGUACUUUGGACACCUACAUUCAUUCAAGCGAGAUACUGGAUCUACGCUAUGGUGGCCGGAGACUAAUAUAGAAGAGAAUGAAAAGAACGGUGCAUUUCUUCUGAGUAUUUUGCGCCAUGAUUUCAAGACAUCUGAAGAAUUAGAUAUUCGCCUCCGACAGAAAAGCUGGAGAAAGAAAGCAGUAGAUCAUUUUUUUGGGGCACCAUCUUGUGAAUCCGAUGAUAUCGAUAAAUUAAAUCAACUUAUGGCUGAAAUAAAUCACAUGAAGAUGUAUCUUCCAGGAGGUACACACGUGUUAGAUUGA